AGUUAAUAUUAACGGCUGUGUAGACUACGUUGCAACCAACGGAUUUUGCCGCCGCAAGUGCUCGAUUUUUGCUCGAAAACACGGGAAGAAAACGGAAUUUCCACUUGCAAACGUUGGAACGCGUGUGUCAUCGUGAAAGUGUCCAGUAAAAAGUUCGGGAAGCGGUCGAAUAGUUGUCGCAAUUUAAUGUAUGUACGUAUAACAAAUAUUCUUCUGUUCAGUUGUUCGUUUCGUUGGUUGGCUAACGCUGCAAAAGCCAAGGCACGAUUUUCGUAGUUGUGAUCCGACCUCGAACAUCAAAUUCCAUCGCAUCGUGAAUUACACGGCGCGUGUAUUUCCUUCGAUAGUGCUGUUACUUCUUCAGCGCACCUGUGGUGCUUACUACUUUUUAUUCUUCACAUCCAUCGUGUUAUUCAAAAUUGCGGUUCCUCUUACUAUAGAUACAUCGCGCCGGUCAACUUCCCUCUCAUUUUCUCUCUCUCAGGCUCUCGCACACGUUUUGUUAACGUGCCUUCUUCUUCGAGUGAUAAGUUUGACAAGGUGCUUUUUUGAACAUUUUGAAUCAUCCAAACACGUCCUCGCUUCUUGUGUUUGUUUAUUGUGAGCGUCCGUUAACCGUUUUACGUUCGAAAUGUGAAUUCAAACGCUAGUGUCCGUUGCGCGAAAGCGUGUCUUCUAAAGUUGGGCAAGUUGUUUUUUAUAGUUGUUGUUUUGUUGUUGUUGUUAUUCUUUCUUCUUCUUGUUGUUGUGCGGUGUUGUUCUGUGCCGUACCCUUUGGAUCGUAUUACUUCGCUUUUAAUCGGAUUACAAUACUUUCACGUGUCUCAUCUGGAUUAUACCAGUAACUGUUACUGGACUACAGGAAAAUUGCUCUUUGUAAAGGGGAACUACACAAAAAAAGAAAUGGUAUGAAGGAGCCCGACCAUUUCGGUGAAACGUUACCGGAAGGGGUGCAGCUGAGUUUAAGUGAGCUGCGCGAGAUGGCUUGUAGACAGCAGGCGCAGAUUGACUCCCAGCAGCAGCUUUUGGCUGCGAAGGAGCAACGACUGCGGUAUUUGAAGGAUCAGGAUGCAAGGCAGCAAAGGGUCCAAGCGGAAACUGAACGCUUAAGAAGACUGAAAGAACGGGUUGACGCGCAGGAACUUAAACUUCGAAAGCUGAGGGCGCUUAGGGGCCAAGUGGACCACCACAAACAAAACAAUAUAUCUCUAACAAGUGACCUUGAAUCAAUAAGAGCCUUAUUCAAUGAGAAAGAAAAGGAACUUUCGUUGGCUGUGGCUAAAGUAGAAGAAUUGACGCGGCAAUUAGAGGAACUACGACGGGGGAGGAAUCAGGAUGACACCCCACCGGCAGCCGCUCUAGAAUUGGAUAAGUUAAGAAGAGAGCUUAUGUAUCGUAAUAAACUGAAUGAGCAGCAAAAUCAGAGGUUGAACCAGCAAAGGGAGGCACUGGCCGCGCGUCAAGAGGAAAUGAGCAACAUCGACAAAAGGAUUUCCGAACUUCAAGAAAGACUGCAUCGUAAGCGGCUUUUGAAUCAACAGUUGGCGAAUCAAAUCAGUGCCGCCUCAAACAAAGCAGCUUAUCAUCAAUUUGCAAGACUUACAGGAAAUGUGGACCAAACAAACCAGUGUUACAACAAGAAGUCUCAGCCACCUAACCAACAACCCCCGAAUGGUUUAUCUAAAAACAACAUCGCAGCCGUUGAACCCUACAAUCACGUUCCCCUUCCAAUAUCCAACAACUACCUUAGAAAUAUCCACUGUGGUAUUCAAGACAACCAACAAACAUAUCACCCAGUUUAUCAACAUAAUCAAAUAAAUGGAGCUGACCAGCAGCAGCAGACGAACAACCACAAGUCGGAGCACAUUAACCAACAACAAGACUCUAAUAAUAAAGGUGCAGCUUUAAAGACGACAGAAGACGGGGUGGAUACGUUAAAGGAAUUUAGCGUAUCAAAGUCGGAUCCAAAAUACCAAACGCUUCCCUACAACACCAAGUUCACUGUUAGCCUUGUAGCAAACCGUACGACCAACAACAUGGACAAUAACAAUUUCAACGAAGGAGCGAAAGACGUCCCAGACGCUGCAGUGCAGCACAUAUCAAGCGCAACAUCGAAUAUAAACCUGCAAAGUCAUCAUAUGACCGUGCAUAGUGCACCUUUGAAUGUCGUCAACAAAAACAUUGCGACCCCCCUGAGUCAAAACGACUUAAUUAAUAAGAAGCACGAAUACCAGUCGUCAAAUGGUAAUAAUUGUGUCUCAAAUACAGACAUUAUAAAAAAUGUUCCUGUAGGAAGCACAGCCUCUUAUUCAAUGCCCAUUCCUACUCUUCACUCGUAUCAGAAACCAAUUAGUAGUGUGGCUCCAACCUCAGUUCAUCAUGCCGGAAAACUAUCGAAUAUUUAUCAAACUUCUUCGAUGAAAGUUCAACCAGUAGAACCACAAACAGUUACUAGUAAUAGCAAACAAUUUCUCUCUCCUCCAAACCAUUUAACCACAACGAUUCAAUCGCCACAAUUAGGAGUUUUAUCGCCGCCCCAAGCCAACAGCACUCCCUUGGGAACACCUGAGGUUUCAUUGGAUAAAUCCAUUAAACCCGCACUACCACCAAAACCUGCCAUAAAACCACCCCCUAGACAAACAACGCAAAUCCAUAACGAAAGCGAUUUUACAACCAAUAACAUCGAAAAACCUCCCGAAGUACAAAAUAUAGAAUUGAGUCAUCGACCACCCCCACCGCCAACAACACAAUCAUCAAAAAGUUUGAACCAGAAAGUUCCUUUGCCUCCUCACGAAAACCAACAACAAACUCAAUAUCAAGCGAGCGAAAACUUGCCCAUAAUUAAAGCAAAACCGCUGCAAAUAAAAAAGCAGCCCCUCAGCGAACAACCAAAAUUGAGGAGUAUGAAUAUGACAGCAAAAACAAACGGGUACCUAGUGAACAAUCGGAGGAUGGAGUUACCUCCGCAAUAUCAUUCUCCUGAAACGACUAAUCACGAUAACAAAUCAAUAGAACUAAUUAAACAUUCAACUCAAGAGGAAGAUAAACAGGGUAGUGAAGAAAUGACAACAUAUAAAGAAAACGACAGUUCUAACAAUAACAAGGAUGAAUUAAAAUCAACCGAGGUCAUUAGGCGAUGUAAAAAGGGCAACUUGAAACAAACAGGCAAAGUAAAUUUGUCGAGAAGGGUUAGUUUUGACCCCUUGGCCCUUUUACUUGACGCCAGUUUAGAAGGAGAACUCGAACUGGUUAAAAAAACUGCUUCCCAAGUACCAAAUCCAAGUGCCGCAAACGAUGAGGGAAUCACGGCAUUACAUAACGCGAUUUGUGCUGGACAUUUCGAAAUCGUCAAGUUUCUUGUCGAAUUUGGCUGUGAUGUCAACGCACAAGAUAGUGAUGGUUGGACACCAUUACAUUGCGCUGCCAGUUGCAAUAACGUGGCAAUGGUCAAGUUUCUUGUUGAGCAUGGAGCUUGCAUUUUUGCUACCACCCUCAGCGACCACGAGACGGCUGCAGAAAAGUGUGAGGAAGAUGAAGAAGGAUUCGAUGGAUGUUCUGAGUAUUUAUACAGUGUGCAAGAGAAAUUGGGGAUUUUGUCUGGGGGUAGUGUGUACGCAGUUUUCGACUAUACAGCGCAGCAACCGGACGAACUAAGUUUUACAGCUGGACAACAACUUACAGUGAUAAGAAAAGGGGAUGAAUAUGAAAGAGAAUGGUGGUGGUGUCGAUUGGACGAUAAGGAAGGAUAUGUACCAAGAAAUCUCCUUGGACUGCAUCCACGAGUCAGUCCACGUGAAGACUAACCGGGACUUUGCCUUUAUAACCAACAGUUAAGAAGUACUAUAAUUGUUUACGUAUCGAUCGGAGGAAUAAAUAUACGAAAAGCCUUUUACACAUUGUAUAUGGCAAUAUAUUUUGUAGUAUGUAGGUUUCGGUAUCAGAAUUCUUUUUCUUUUUAUUUGGAUGCGUGUUUGUAUCGCAUAUUAAAAACAGAAAAAUGAAACAAAACUUUGUUUGUAUGUACCAAUUGUACGUUGUUUAUUUUUGAAAGUAACAAUCGUUUAAUAUAUUUUUCAAAUUGUACAUAUAUAAAUACAGUUGAAGAGCAUACAUUUUAUUGUACAAAUAUUUUUAUGAUAAUAAACAUGAAGAGUUAGUUUUUAUUCUGAAAAGAAUAA